AUGGCUGUGCCCUUUCGAGCAAAAGAUAUCGCUCUGAACUCUGAAUUCGGUCAUUCCGAUGUCGCCAUCGUUUUAACACAACUCUCGUAUUAUUACAGCGGUUUGAGCGACCCUCAGAUACUUCAAUGUCUCAAUCGUUUGAAUGAAGAAGAAACGAAUCCGACAUCGAUCUAUGAACAAUGGAUUUCCGGUGAAAAUGUUGAUUCAAAUUCCCGAGCAAAAAUUAUCACUGGCUUUAGUGGCACCAAUGAUACUCAAUUAUUACUUCCGAGUCAUAUUCCUCAAUCCGAUUUACCCGAACUACAGAAAACGGAUGCACUCGUCGUAAAUAAUUUAUUAACACCAAACAAUGAAAACUACAAAUCGUUGCCCAAACGUGCCAAUUCAAAAGAAAUCUUGAAACACAUCGUUGAAAACGAGUCAAUGAUCAACGUUAUCCUUGAUGUGGGCGCACUGUUUGUUGAUGGAACGAAUCAUGAAAUUGCGAUUCGUUCGUUGAAUAUGUCGAACAAAGAUAAAAUCGACUAUGACAUAUAUUUUGAAUCGGAUUCAAUUGUCGUUUGUGAUCGACAACAUCAACAACAAUCGUUUUUUACGUCACCGGCCAGUGAACGACUCGAUCGAUGUCUAAUUUAUCUCGAUGAAGUUCACACAAGAGGCACCGAUUUCAAGUUUCCGAAUGGAUUUUUAGCGGCUGUCACAAUGGGCGACGGAUUGACGAAAGAUCGAUUUGUUCAAGAGUGUAUGAGAAUGAGAAAGUUUGGACUGCAUCAUUGGUUAACUUUUUUGAGUCCGAAUGACGUUGAUCAACAAAUUUGGACAUCGAAGAGAAAUCGAUGGACAGAAACUAUAAAACGUUUUCGUACUAAUCAAAUCAACACCAUCGAUAUUCUUCUUUGGGUCUAUGAAAAUAUACAACGUAAAACUUGGGAUGGAUUAAAUGAUUUGGCAGCUCAAAGUAUGAGUUAUCAACGAAAAAUGGUCGCUUAUCGAUCGAUUCAGUGGAUGAAUGAGCAACAAAGCUUUUCAGAAGAUCUCCAACAACUGACUACAGACUCUUUAGAAGCUGAAGUAUUAUCAUUAAUGCAGAUAUAUAGUCCAUGGAAAACGCCAUAA